GAAGCGUAAAAAAGACAUUGACUAUGCAUCACUGAGCUACCAGCAGUCUGACUUUCAGUCUAGGGCUAGGCUACAAAACCGCAUUCUUAUGCGCAAAAACAUGCGCAGCUGUGAGCGCAAAAUAAAUAGUUCCGCACACAGACCCAGAGAAAAAAAGUUCUCAUGUUGGGCUGGACAGAACACCACCCCGAGUACCUAGCUAACGUUACGAGGAUUGGGAGCACGCCAAAGACAGCUAACGUUAACUGGGCUUCAUCAAAUCUGGAGGUCCUUUUAAUAACCCAAUAAGAUUUGCUAGCCAAGUGGCGAGAGAAAUUGCAACUUAUAAUGGCCUCGGAAGAGCUUUAUGAGCCUGCCUCAGCUUCACCACUGUCUGCCUCACCACUGGUUGAGAGAAUUGUGGACAAACGGAAGAACAAGAAGGGAAAGAUUGAGUACCUGGUGCGCUGGAGGGGCUAUGGCUACGAGGGGGACACCUGGGAGCCCGAGACACACCUCUCUGCCUGUGUGGAGUUCAUCCACGAUUUUAAUCGGCAACACGGCGAAAGACAGAGAGACAGUACUUUACUGCGCUCCACUCGAAGUACUCCCAGCACCACCCACAGCCACAGUUCGAGAAACAACGCCCGCAAACAGAUCUGCAGGCCUCAGCCACCCAGUGGAGCAGGAAGCCAUGCUCUAGUAAAACACGGGAAUGACUCUUCGCCCACCACAGCAGCUACGGCCAUCUCAAAACAGUUGCCACCACUUGACGCUGGCGUGGCACACACUAGAACGAACAUGCAGCUUAACUUGAGCCAAAAGUACAGUGUUUCGGCCACCGGUGACAUUUGUAGACCUGGCUUCACAAGCGGGCCUGCGGCUUCUCCGGUGGGCACGGUGCGUCGGAGCAUGGACCUGGCGAAGUCCGGGAUCAAAAUCCUGGUACCCAAAAGCCCCAUGAGCAGCCGGGCGGACUCUGAGUCUUCGCCUAGCGAGGCGGCCCACUGUCUGGAGCAAGGUGGUCAGGAGCAGGACUCUGUGCCCCCAGAGGUGGCCCUUUUGGAAAAGCCUCCAGGGUUGUUGCUGGGGCCUGGGGAAGAAAGAGCGCGCAUGGGGACCCGGCCCAGGACUCAAAGCCCAUUAAUUCCUCAGCAAGUCCCCAUAACACCCGCAUCCAUACGCACACUCAAUGGGAAAGGUACAUCAACACUCAUGGAGGCUCUGGCGGCCAAUGGGACAGGUAGCCUGCAGAGUGCAGUGGCAGGAGUCACUGCAGUCUCCGGGGUGGCGGGGAAACGGCGCUUCGAGGAGCAGCGCUCGGUCUUCGACAAGCGCCUUCGGUUCAGCGUCCGGCAGACUGAGAGUGCCUACCGCUACAGGGACCUCGUCGUCAAGAAGCAGGAUGGCUUCACCCACAUCCUGCUCUCCACCAAGUCCUCGGAGAACAACUCACUUAACCCCGAUGUGAUGAAGGAGAUGCAGAGUGCCAUGGCCACGGCGGCGGCAGACGACAGCAAGCUGGUCCUGCUGAGCGCCGUGGGUAGCAUCUUCUGCUUCGGCCUGGACUUCAUCUACUUCAUUAGACGGCUCACCGACGACCGCAAGAAAGAGAGCAUCAAGAUGGCUGAGACCAUUAGGACAUUUGUGAACACGUUCAUCCAAUUCAAGAAGCCCAUCAUCGUAGCCGUGAAUGGACCGGCGGUGGGCCUCGGAGCCUCUAUCCUCCCGCUGUGUGACGUUGUCUGGGCCAACGAGAAAUCCUGGUUUCAGACGCCCUAUACCACCUACGGACAGACACCCGACGCUUGCGCCUCCCUCACCUUCCCUCGCAUCAUGGGCGUGGCCUCGGCCAAUGAGAUGUUGCUGAGUGGGCGGAAGCUGACAGCCCAGGAGGCCUGCGCUAAAGGCCUCGUGUCCCAGGUGCUGUGGCCCGGGACUUUCACUCAGGAGGUGAUGGUUCGCAUUAGGGAGCUAGUCACUUGUAAUUCAGUUGUACUGCGGGAGUCCAAAGCACUGGUGCGAAACGCAAACCGGGCCGCCCUGGAGCAGGCCAAUGAACGCGAGUGCGAGGCGCUGAAGAGAGUGUGGGGCUCUUCGCAGGGGGUGGACUCCAUCCUCAAAUACCUGCAGAAGAAGAUUGAUGAGUUUUAAGGAAAGCACGUAUUUCCCCCCCCCGUUACCAGGUUCCCAAGGAACCGGGAAAACAUGGCACUGGCAGUGCAUGGCGUUCAAUCUGCAGCCUCUCAAUAUCCCUCUUGCAUGUAUGAGAGUACAGUGCAUUCGGAAAGUCUUCAGACCCCUUGACCUUUUCCACGUUUUGUUACGUUACAGCCUUAUUCUAAAAUAUAUCGAUUUAAAAAAAAUCCUCAAUCUACAAACAAUACCCCAUAAUGACAAAGCAAAAACUAGUUUAGAAACUUUUGCACAUUUAUUACAAAUAAACUGAAAUAUUCCAUUUACAUAAGUAUUCAGACCCUUUACUCAGUACUUUGUUGAAGCAUGUUUGGCACCGAUUACAGCCUUGAGUCUUCUCUGGAGCAAGUUUUCAUUGAGGAUCUCUGUACUUUGCUCUGUUCAUAUUUCCCUCGAUCCUGACUGAUCUCCCAGUCCCUGCCGUGGAAAAACAUCCCCACAGCAUGAUGCUGCCACCACCAUGCUUCACCAUAGGGAUGGUGCCAGGUUUCCUCCACAUGUGAUGCUUGGAAUUCAGGCCAAAGAGUUCUAUUGUUUCUCAUGGUCUGAGAGUCUAGGUGCCUUUUAGCAUACUCCAAGCAGGUUGUCAUGUGCCUUUUUACUGAGGAGUGGCUUCUGUCUGGCCACUCUACCAUAAAGGCCUGAUUGUUGUACUGCAGAGAUGGCUGUCCUUCUGGAAAAUUCUCCCAGCUUCAUAGUGCAACUGUGGAGCUCUGUCAGUGACCAUUGUGUUGUUGGUCACCUCCCUGACCAAGGCCCUUCUUUCCCGAUUGCUCAGGUUGGCCUGGCGGCCAGCUCUAGGAAGAGUAUUGGUGGUUCCAAACUUCUUCCAUUUAAGAAUGAUGGCGGCCACUGUGUUCUUGGACCUUCAAUGGGCUCCCGAGUGGUGCAGCGGUCUAAGGCACUGCUUCUCCGAGCUAGAGGUGUCACUACAGACCCUGGUUCGAUUCCAGGCUGUAUCACAACCGGCUGUGAUUGCGAGUCCCAUAGGGCAGCGUCGUCCAGGUUUGGCUGGGGUAGGCAGUCAUUGUAAAUAAGAAUUUAUUCUUAACUGACUUGCCUAGUUAAAUUAAAAAUGCUGCAGAAAUGUUUUGGACCCUUCCCCAGAUCUGUGCCUAGACACAAUCCUGUCUCUGAGCUCUACGGACAAUUCCUUUGACCUCAUGGCUUGGCUUUUGCUCUGACAUGCACUGUCAACUGUAGGACCUUUAUGUAGACAGGUGUGCCUUGUCCAAUCGAGUGAACUUACAACCGGUGGACUCCAAUUAAGUUGUAGAAACAUCUCAAGGAUUAUCAAUGGAAACAGGAUGCACCUGAGCUCAAUUUUGAGUCUCAUAGUAAUGGGUCUGAAUACUUAUGUAAAUAUCGGAUUUUGAAUAAAUUUACAAACAUUUCUAAAAACCUGUUUUUGCUUCGUCAUUAUGGGGUAUUGUGUGUAGAUUGCCGAGGAAAACAUUUUAUUUAAUCAGUUUUUAGAAUAAGGCUGUAAAAAAUGUGGAAAGUCAAGGGGUCUGAAUACUUUCAGAAGGAACUGUAUGUAAUGAAUUGUAUGUUUGAGUGCACACAUUGAAGGGGGCCAGCUAAAAAUAACAUUUGUAGACGUUCCUGCUAGACCUUUAAAUCCCGCCUUCCUAGCAUCCUGAUAACCUUGUGUUGACCCUUUACCCAAUAAGCCUGACUUCUGAAAUACAAUUUCCUAUGCUACAUUACAGGUUCAACUAAAUUGAAGGGAAGACAUUGAUGAAUACACAAUGUGUCUUACAUAGCAGGGUGUCUGUCCUACUCAGCUUGGGAUUGAUUUGGGUUGGAUGUUGUUGUAUCAACAUGGAUCAGCAUUUAUUUAUGACGUAACGAAAGAGCAAAUGUAAACAUUCAACGAAAACCCAAGCGACUUCCCUUGUGGCGCUUUGCACUAAGAUGUGAUGCUCUGAAUUCUUAAGCUGUGUUGGAACUAACUCUUGGGAAAACAGUGCAGCCCAGUGGAUUGGUGGCUUAUUGGAUUCUCUACAUUCACUUUUUCCUUUAGACUCCUGUAAGACUUUCCAUACAAAACAGGACUUAUUGCUAUUAAGUUGAAUAGCGCCUAGGAUUCAAUCAAAGGCCCGUUGUUGAAAAGCGUAGAGCACUUCACUUUUGAAGGUCAUUUAGGCUUCAGUUGCGAUCCGUAGCCUCCACCAUGAAUGCGAUCUUCAAACGUCAGGGAAAGUUGACUUUUAAAAGACUUUGUCAACAGUGUAGUGCCUUAACAACGUGCCUUUAAUUGAAUCCGGUCCAAAGUCUGUCUCAGACGAACUUUUAAAAAGCUCUGACUGUGUAUUUAGGUUUGUCUAACUGAUAUAGUCUCUGUAGAUAUUUCACCCAGGUAGUCUUUUUAUUUGUUAUCUUAUUUGGCUUUGGGGACGGUAUGUGCUACCAAACAGUUUCUAUGGUAAAUUAUUUUUGUUUUAAGUUAAGACUUAUUAGAAUAUUAUAAUUAAAUUAAAUAUUCUGCAACUUCUGAAUUAUUCCUUCCAUGAAACAUGCCCGCAAGGGAGAGACAAUUACAAGAUUCUAAUGCAAUAUUUUUAUGCAGUUGUGAUGAGGCCAGGGUACACAUUAAGGCUCUAGCUAAGCUCCAAAGCAGUGCCUUAUCCUUUACUACUUUUUCCAUGACUUCACAAAUUGUGGGUUCUGAUCUGACGCGAUUAUCAGUGAGAAUAGCCUGUAAUGUUAUUGCGGUGAAAUCGGGCCAAUGCAGUGUGAUGUGAUAGUUAAUGAAAACUAUCCAAAAAAGGCACACAUGCCAAGACAUGUUUAAUGAAUACAUCAGGGAAAACAUGUCAUUUUUUCUCAGUACCAUGAAUAUAGUACCAUAAAUACAUCAGGCACAUGCUUACCCUGAUGUAUUUGUUAAACAUGUCUUGGCGUGUGUGCCUUUUGGGUAGUUAAUGUUCAUGGUACUGAUUUUAAAAUGGUGGAAAAUGUCAUUAUUUAUAUUGUCUGACAGUAUAUGAAGUAUUUAAAUAUUUAAAGUGAAGCUGGUUUGGACAAAGUAGUUUGUUUUUGAGUCAUUGCUCAUGGUUUGUAUCGCUGUUAUUUUUUUGGAAAUGUGAAGUAUCUUCUUGGGUCAGUCUACUCAUCACUUUCGGCUCUAGUCUAUUACAACGCUGUUUUGGCCUUCAUACAUACUGUGCACUCCGAAAGUAUUUAGACCUUGACUUUUUCCACAUUUGUUACAUUACAGCCUUAUUCUAAAAUGUAUUAAAUAGUCCCCCCCCCCCAAUCUACACACUACCCCAUAAUGAAAAAGCAAAAACAGGUUUAGAAUUUCUUAGUUUAUUACAAAUAAAAAUUAUUCACAUUUACAUAAGUAUUCAGACUUAGUACAUUUGUUGAACCACCUUUGGCAGCGUUUACAGCCUUGAGUCUUAUUGGGUCUGACACUACAAGCUUGGCACACCUGUAUUUGGGGAGUUUCUCCCAUUCUUCUCUGCAGAUCCUCAUGCUCUGUCAGGUUGGAUGGGGAGUGUCGAUGCACAGCCAUUUUUAGGUCUCUCUAGAGAUGUUCGAUCGGGUUCAAGUCCGGCCCACUCAAGGACAUUGAGACUUGUCCUGAAGCCACUCCUGCGUUGUCUUGGCUGCGUGCUUAAGGUGUUUGUCCUGUUGGAAGGUGAACCUGCUGAGCAAUCAGGGGAGAAGGGCCUUGGUCAGGGAGGUGAUCAAGAGCCUGAUGGUCACUGACAGAGCUCCAGAGUUCCUCUGUGGAGACGGGAGGAUCUUCCAGAAGGACAACCAUCUCAGCAGCACUCCACCAAUCAGGCCCGACGGAAGCCACUCCUCAGUAAAAGGCACGACAGCCCACUUGGUGUUUGCAAAAAGGCACCUAAAGGACUCUGAUCAUGAUAAAUAUCAGAUUCUCUGGUCUGAUGAAACCAAGAUUGAACACUUUGGCCUGAAUGCAAAGCGUCACAUCUGGAGGAAACCUGGCAGCUCUAGGAAGAGUCUUGGUGGUUCCAAACGUCUUCCAUUUAAGAAUGAUCGAGGCCACUGUGUUCUUGUGGACCUUCAAUGCUGCAGACAUUUUUUGGUACCCUUCCACAGAUCUGUGACUCGACACAAUCCUGUCUCUGGCCUCUACGUACCAUUCCUUUGACCUCAUGGCUUGGUUUUUGCUCUGACAUGCACUGUCAACUGUGGGACCUUAUAUAGACAUGUUUGUGCCUUUCCAAAUCAUGUCUAAUCAAUUGGAUUUACCACAGGUGGACUCCAAUCAAGUUGUAGAAACUUCUCAAGGAUGAUCAAUGGAAACAGGAUACACCUGUGCUCAAUUUCAAGUCUCGUAGCAAAGGGUCUGAAUAUUUGUCCUUUUCUCCUUUUAAUACAUUUGCAAACAUUUCUAAAAACCAAUUUUUGCUUUGUCUCAUUAUGGGGUAUUGUGUAUAGAUUGAGGAAACUGUAUAUCAUAAAUUUGAGAAAAAGACUAAAGUAACAAUGUGGAAAAAGUCAAGGGGUCUGAAUACUUUCCGAAGGCACUGUAGAGGUAUCAAAUUGUUAACACCACUGCACAUUUAAUUCACGUUACAGAUUAAGGGCUGGAUAACAUUUUAAAGAGACUUGUUUUUUGCAUUUUUGUCUUUGACCUAUACCCUCUCCAGGAAAUAGAUGCAAUCUGCCCCCAAAUAUUGUGCCUGAUAAGCAUGUCAUAUCUCCUUGUUUUAUUUAACAUUUGUAUCACUGAAGGCUGAUUUAUAAAUAUUAGCAGUCAUUUAACACUUGGACCAGAGUAGCUUAGUUACUGUAAUGUAUACAUAAGAUCACCCAUACUGCACCUCCUCAACCCAAUGUUUCAAGCAUUUUUCUUGUAGACAAAAAGUGCAAGAGAUUAUAUAAAUGUGUCUCAUGUUAACACAGCAUGAUGCCAAGAGGCUUGUCUAGUCACACAGAAUUCACUCAUUUCUGUUGAAAGAUUCCAAGAAGCAUUGUUGAAAUUGACCCUAUUUUGGUACAGCAGCAAAAUAUUUUACUAAGUCUGAAUUGUAUAACCCUCACCCUUCCAAUUUUUCAGUCUGAAGAACUACAGUAUGUACUGUGUGAACUGCCUUUAGACUGAAAUCCUGGUACAGUAUUUUUGCAUACAGUACAUGGGACCUAUUUUGUUGUACAGUAAGUAUAAUAUUUACCAUCUAAAGUUUUUUCAAAUGUGUUUUUAUAUAGAUGCUGAAAUCUAUACUCGCUAUGAAAAUAAACUGUUAGAACUUGUUAA